UUGAAGUCUUUCUUGCAGCAAGACCCUGAGCCGGGAGCGGGCCUCGGCUCUGGCGUCAGCACAGCUCGGUUAACAGUGUGAACAGCCUAAGGCCAAUCGCUAAAUAGAAGCUGAGCUCUCAGAACCAGAUUUUCCCCACCCUUUCCCCACCGAGUCUCUGACUCCUGGAAUGCGAGCGAGCCUCACGAAGCGAAUUCUGGUCUUAGCGGUCAGCAUCAUGGAACCGUAGCUCUGGGGCCCGGUUAUAAGAGGAAGGAGGGCGGAGUCCAACGCUCCCAGGGUACAGACCGGGAAACUGAGGCCCCGGGCCUGUGCAGAAAGAGAAGGAGAAGGGGGCGCGUCCUGCCUCGCCGACCGCGCCGCGCUGGAGCCGCCUCUUCCUGCCCCCCGCGCCGGGUCCCCCGCCUCGUCUCUGCCCUCGCAAGGCCGCCAGCUCGGAAGCGAGUCAUGGUGGUGACACUGGCGGUGGCGUGGCUGCUCCUCUCGGCCGCAGCCUCGGCGCAGCGGGAGCAGGACUUCUACGACUUCAAGGCGGUCAAUAUUCGGGGAAAGCUGGUGUCGCUGGAGAAGUACCGCGGCUCGGUGUCCCUCGUGGUGAACGUGGCCAGCGAGUGUGGCUACACAGACCAGCACUAUCGAGCCCUGCAGCAGCUGCAGCGGGACCUGGGCCCCCACCACUUCAAUGUGCUGGCCUUCCCCUGCAACCAGUUUGGGCAGCAGGAGCCUGACAGCAACAAGGAGAUCGAGAGCUUUGCUCGCCGCACCUACAGUGUCUCUUUCCCCAUGUUUAGCAAGGUCGCAGUCACUGGCACUGGUGCCCACCCGGCCUUCAAGUACCUGACCGAGACUUCCGGGAAGGAGCCCACCUGGAACUUCUGGAAGUACCUAGUGGCCCCAGAUGGGAAGGUGGCAGGGGCUUGGGAUCCAACUGUAUCGGUGGAAGAGAUCAGGCCCCAGGUCACAGCACUUGUGAGAAAGCUCAUCCUGAGAAAGCGAGAAGAUUUAUAACCACUUUCCCUUUUCUCCCAUCCCCCCAUUCUGCCCAAAGCACCCAUCCUGGGCAUGGGUGACCAAAGCAAACUCAAAUGGUGCUUCAAAGGGAGAAACCCAUUUCUCUCCUCCCCCUUCCUCCACCCCUAAUCUCACCUAUCCCAUCCCUCCUGGGGGCGGGGUGGGGGGUGGAUUUCAGUAUUUUUAUUAUUUGAAUCUUAAAACAACCAUUUGGAAAUCCUGGCCAUUGAGAGCUCUUGACCAAUGAGUCAUCAGCCAAUAAGCACCUGUAGCCAGUGAAAACAUAUGGCAAAGAGUUACCAAGCAAUAAUAUCCUAGCCAGGAAGAACUCAGUAAAAUGGAGCCAAUUCCUACCUACCUCACAGGGCUGUUGUGAGGGUUCAAAUGCAAGACUUGCAAACAUGCCAAGGACAGCACCAGCUAAAGGAGGCAUUCAAUAAAUAGUUUUUGCAUAUAAACCAAAAAAUAACUUGUGAUUAAUAAAAACUUGCACCCAUCAUGGAUUUCCAGCCAAUGAGAAUUCAGGCCAAACACUUAUUUGUUGUUGUUACGUUCCACUGUACUGUUUUUUAAUUACAAAAGUGAUGCAAGCAACUAUGUGAUAAACUAUGAGCCAGUGAUUUUAUACUUAGGAUGGUUUGUAUGGUGUGUGAAUAUAUCUCAAUAAAACUGCAUUUUAAAAAAAGUGA